GUCACCCCACUCACUUGAUACUCAGCCGUAACAAAAAAGGGGGAGGGGUGAUCGUUUUGUUGUUCUACAGAAAUAAGUCAAAUUUCUAUUGUACGAAUUCUACUCCCAUUGGUGAGGAUAGAUCCGGGCUAGUCACCUACAGACUUAACAGGGAGCAGAGACAAAGAGAAUUCGUCCUUCUAAUCACGAGAGUAUGUCCAGCGACAGCAUCUUGAGCAUAGAUGCGCCCCCAUCUUUGAAAGAAUGUAAGGACUCCAAUGAUGAUGUCCCUUGUCAAGUCCAUGACAUUGCAGACUCAUCGUUAUCUGAGACUAUGACAUCCGCCAAAAGGGCAUCCCCUCAGCCAAUGGAAGCAGAUACAAGAGUCAGCGAGUCUCCAGUUGAGGAAGUGGUGUCCAGGAAGAACUCCCCUGUCCCGGGAAAAAUUUUGGAAGUGAGCAAAGGUCAUCCCGAGAGAAAACGUCGAGCCAGUAGUGAGAGUGGUGACAGUGCUAUGACUAAAACAAGUGAAGGUAAAGAUGAUGAUGACGACGAUGAUAAUGAUGACGAUGAGAAAAUCCCAGUCGGCCAUGACAUUGACCCAGAAAGAUUAAAAGCCUUCAACAUGUUUGUUAGAUUAUUUGUGGAUGAAAACUUGGACCGAAUGGUUCCCAUAUCGAAACAGCCUAAAGAUAAGAUUCAGGCCAUUCUAGAAGCUUGUGAUAGACAGUUCCCAGAGUUCCACGAACGGUCACGAAAGAGGAUACGGACCUAUUUAAAGUCCUGUCGACGCAUGCGCCGGUCUAAAGAACACAACGGUUGGGAACCGCUAAGACCAACCCCUCCACAUCUAACGUCUGCUGCUGCUGAAAGCCUCCUUGCCACCGCUUGUGAAAAUGAAAGCCUCAACGCAAAACGCAUGAGACUUGGACUUGAGCCACUUCCGGCUUCAGCAAUGGUUGCCCACACCAGUCUAGUAACAGCACAGACACCUCCAUCUACACAAGCAGCGACACCGCAGCAGCCUCAGCCAGUGGUCACCCAGUCGAACGCACAGCAGGGCAGUCAGUCCUCGCCCAGGUCAAUCAACUGCUCAGUCACAGCCUCUACAGAUUUCCUCCGACACCAACCCCCGCCGCCCACAUUCCGCCCCGCGCCUGACUUCACACCUUCCUUUUUUACCAACGGGCAUGGAACUGCCGCCCUGUUUCGCCCCGGUUUCCCAAACCAUCAGCACCCAGCCCAUCACCACCCUACAGUGCUACCUCAUGCCUCGGUGGCAUCUAACACGACAUCUAACGGUGAAUUUGGUCCUACUGAUCUAAGUAUGAAAAAGUCCACUAACAAAGGUCAGCUUAGUCCAUCUGAAGUGACAGCCAUCAAACAGCUGAUAGCUGGCUACAGAGAGUCUGCUGCCUUUCUUUACCGCUCUGCUGAUGAAUUGGAGCAGCUUCUUUUACAACAAAACUGAACUCCAAGAAAUGACGUUUUUUUUAUCUAAUCUGCAUCAGAGCAGGAACAGUGUCUUCACUGGCUUACUGCUACUGAUUCAAAAAAAAAAAACACAAAAAAAACAAGACCAUCAAACUAUUUAAAAUUUGGGAGUAAUGAACAAAUAAAUAAACCCAAACUGUUUAUUGAUCAGAGCUUUAGGUCUUGUUCCAUGGAAUUGGUGUUUUUGCAAUUCUGAGUCAAGUCCCAUUAGAAAACUUUGAUUGGUACAAUUCUAGCAAGUUAUUUUGAACUUACCAGUGUGGUCAAUGUUUUAUUCUUUUUUUUUAAAGUUUACAAUGUGUCUUUGUAUUCAUUGACCAAGUAUUUAAGCAGCAGAUAUUUUGUUUGUUAGGUUUUGACUGUGUUAACUUUUCAACUCUUGAUCUGGAGUUUACUUGAUGAUAUGUUCCUCAUAAAUUUAAACAAUUCUCAACAAUACAAUGAGAAUUUUUAAAAUUUGUAUUCAUCAAUAUACAUUUUUUUCAAACUUUAUGCCAUUAUUUUUUUUGUUAAUAAAUUAAAACAUAUUCGUAUGUAAUGUACAUAUUUAUCCAAGGAUUAAGAUGUGUCAAGGCAGAUCCAUGUCAUGAUGUACAGUUCUACCAUACAUUUGAGUUCAACAAGCUCACAUUACUGUUGGUUGGGGAUUUUUUAAAAACAAUUUGUCAAUUUUAGUGUAUUUGUAUAUAUUUUCAAAAGCUUCUCUGGAAUUUUAACUCAUUCCAGUUGACAAAUUUAAUGUGUUGAGCACUAAAAUAAAAAUUGCUAUAAAAUACACAUGAAACUAUAAAAGAAAUAACCAGCAUCAAAGAUUACUGAUAAAUGCAUUUUUUUUUAGUAUGUAGCAGUUGUUUCCCUUGUCAAAUUACAUUAACCAUUCAUGGUCUAUGAGUUUUAGUGGAUGUUGACUCACAAUAGUUUCAAAAUGACUUUUAUAUAGGUCUUGGUUGCUCUACAAUUCUUUUUUCCUGGAAAUUAUUAACAAAUAGAAAUAUUAAAAAGUAUAACUUAUAUUUGGGUGCAUGGACUAAAAAAAAAAACUGCUUUAUUUUUGUGCAUUUUUUUGAAAUUUUAUUGCUCAACUUUAUUUGAAUACAAAUUGUAGUUUUAAAAAUGAAUAUCAAUAUAUAAUGAACUUUCAAACUUACAUUUAGUGUGAAAUGGAUAAACUACAAAAUCAAUCUCUGUUUUUAUUGUGUGUAAGUGUAUACAUUUGUGCAGUUCUGUGUGUGUGUGUGUAUGUGUGUUUAGUUAUUUGCAUUAUAAAAUAAAAUUUCUUUUUUAUGUGAUUACACAUAGACUGAAUGGUGACCCAAAGAUGUGCUGUCACAAAGGGAAUGCUAGGGUUGCUAUCCCCCCCCCCCCCCC